AAUGACCCAGUUCAGAAAUACGUCAAGGAUGCGAUCACACGAGACAAGGCAGCGCAAAGCCUGCGACCCUCUUUGGGGAGCACUCAGAGAAUCCUUCAGGAGCUUCGCUCCUCCAAGCAAGUCAAAAGGAAGGAAAAUCGCUACCGUGUCAUAGCCAGUCACCGACCUGAGUGUACCGACACAGCUACACCUGUCAUAAACAGCACGGCCUCGAUUGAUGGGGACAGGUCAGACUCUGGAGCAAAGGAUUCGUCACAUGAGGAGAGUGGUGGUGUUGAGAAGAGCUCGGACUGUGGGAAAUUCCAGUUGUUUGAUAUUGUACAAGAAGAAGAGAUGGUGGGAGACUCCAGUGUAACCUCUGCGAACCUACAGCAGAAGAUUGAUCCAGAUGUGAUUCUUUGCAACGCAGUAGAGAUGAUCCGUGAGCGUUUAAAUGUUUCUGAAGAUGCUAAAAAAGAACAGUGUGACAAAGAAGAUGAGUAUGUUUAUGACAUCUACUAUAAGGAAACAUCAGCCCCUGGCUGGAUCGAAAAUAUCCUUUCUGUACAGCCCUAUAGAGAAGAAUAUGAAUGGGUACAUGAUGAUCCUGUUCCAGAGGAAGUAUAUGAAGAUGAAGAUGAUGAAAAUGAUGAAAAUAACUGGCGUAAUGAUUAUCCUGAAGAAGAUGAAUUCUUACACGAGGAAGAUGGUGAUGGAGAAAAAGACUCUGAAGAGAGCCUCAGUGAUGAGGACCAAUGUUACAGGAGGAGAACAUGGAAUAAAUACCGACAGGAGGUUCUACAGGAAUUUGGAUAUGAUGAGAUCGAAGACUUGGGUUCUGACUAACUGCCUUUUUUUGAAGAUGAAAUGCAUACUGAAGAUGAAAUUCUACUGUUGCAGAAUGUGCUAUUGGAGCAGCCAACUUCAGCUGGUAGAUGAUAAUCUGGUGAUCAUGGCUACUUGACGACACAAAUUUUUGUUCCAAGCGUAAGAUGCUAUAAAAUAGAUUUUUCUGCCCAUUUUGUGUGCUAAAGUUCUGAGAGAUCUUUUCAUGGAUUUCUUUUUUCCCCAAAGCUGCA